AUGGCAUUCACCAGCUUCAAGGCCAUCAUCAUCGGGGGCGGCCCAGCGGGCUUGACAGCAGCGCACGCGCUAUACCUGGCUGGAAUCGACUUCCUCAUUCUUGAGGGGAGGGAAAGUGUUGUGGUGGACCAAGGUGCUAGUCUGGUUCUUGGACCACAAAGUUUGCGAGUUAUGCAUCAGUUUGGCCUUCUGGACAAGCUUCGAGCGAUAGGCGGCGAGAUCGGUCAUUGUAAGGCCUUCACUCUGGACGGACGCGAGUUCAAAAUCCACACUCUCCUCAAGACCAUGAGGCAAAACCACGGCAGCGCCCCCAUUGCAUUCCAUCGAGCCCAGCUAAUCCAGACGCUUUACGACGGCCUCCCGAGCGACGCUAGAGAAAAAUAUUUGACGGGCAAGAAGGUGGAGGACAUUUCGUUUGACAAGCAGAGCGCCAAGGUUACCUGUGCAGAUGGUAGCACGUACGAAGGUAGCAUCGUGAUUGGCGCCGACGGCGUCCACAGCAAAACCCGCCGUCUGAUGCGAAAGCUGGCAUUAGAGUCCAAUCCUCAAGCCGAAUGGGACGCCGAGACCCCUUAUACUUGCGCGUACCGGUGUAUGUGGUGCAGCUUCCCGCGGCCCUCGGACUCUGGCGAAGCCUUUGAGACACAGCAUAAAGACCAAUCCGUCAUGUAUCUCACAGGCCACGAGCGCGGCUGGAUCUUCCUGUACGAGAAGCUACCAGAGCCGACCACGGAGCGCACCUCGUACACCGACGUGGACGUGGACGCAUUCGCAGCCAGAUUCGCAGACUUCCCAGUCACCGACACACUCAAAGUCAAGGACGUGUUUGCCAAGAAGUUGACUGCAGGGAUGGCCAAUCUCGAGGAAGGUGUUUUGCAACACUGGAGUAUGGGCCGGAUCGCGCUGGUAGGCGAUGCGUGCCACAAGUUUACACCCAACGCCGGCCUGGGUUUCCAGAAUGGCAUCCAAGACGUCGUCGCGCUGAUCAACAGUGUGCGGACGACCGUACUCGAAACACCCGGCGGCGACCCCAGCGUCAAGGCUUUAACAGAGGUCUUUCAAAAAUACCAGACCGACCGCGUGCUCGCACUCAAACCGGACGUCACCCGGUCCGCCCAAACGACGCGCAUGCACGCCUGGUCAAACUCGUACUAUUUCGUUGCCGCUCGGUAUAUCCUGGCCUUGCCGUUGGUGGAGUACCUGUUGCUCAAGUAUGUUGCAGCGCGCCAGAUUAAGCAAGGAUUGGUCCUCGAUUACGUGCCUUGUGAGGAGCCGCUCAAGGGAGACGUUGAAUGGGUCCAUCAGAUGAAAAACUCGGCGACAACGGCGAGCGGGCUAGUUUAA